AAAAAAAAAAAAAAAAAAAAAAAUAUUAGAAUGAACAAAGCCAUUCUUAGUAAACUUCUUGAACUACUCCUUUCUGGAACUGAUUCUAAAAAUGAUUAUGCACUUGGUAUAGACUAGGCUGGUAAGUUGAUUCCCUACUGCUUUCUAGCACAUAUAUACAGACAUAUAUCUAAAUAAUAAGAUUGUUGACUAUUUAAAAAACUUCGUAGGCCCGUGUGAUUACAUGUUUGCUGUAAAGAAAAUCAAUAAUAUCUACAUAGCCAAACACACCAGCAACCUUUCCAUACCAGAAUAUCUACAUCAAUUGCCUUCAUUCAUAGCCAUGCUCAAAAACUUGUACAUUUGGAAAAAUCAUCAUAUCGAGUUACAGGAUACGAUUUUAACAGGAGUGAUUGCAAAAGAAAACGACUUUUUUUUUAGCAUUGCUAGUGGUAUUGAUGAUACUGGUAGUGCUUUAAAAGAACUGUCACCAAAUGUAUAUUUAACUCAUACAAAGGCUAAGAAAAAAAAACAAUCAAGUUAUCAUUUUCUUUUCUAGCCAUC